UGGCUGAGCCUGGGGUUUGCCGCUGCCGCCCCCGCCGCCGCCGCCGCCGCCGCCGCCGCCCGCUCUCGGCUCCGGCCGCAGGGCUUUAGCAUCCUGAGCUGCUUUGGAUUCUAGCCCUAAAGACUGCCCUCCAAGUUCAUCAUGUCAAAACUCAAAAGCUCAGAGUCAGUCCGGGUGGUGGUCCGCUGCCGGCCCAUGAAUGGCAAGGAAAAGGCCGCUUCUUACGACAAGGUGGUGGAUGUAGACGUGAAGCUGGGACAGGUGUCUGUGAAGAACCCCAAAGGCACUGCCCAUGAGAUGCCCAAGACCUUCACCUUUGAUGCAGUCUAUGACUGGAAUGCCAAGCAGUUUGAACUCUAUGAUGAGACCUUCCGACCACUUGUGGACUCCGUACUGCAGGGUUUCAAUGGGACCAUUUUUGCCUAUGGACAAACGGGGACUGGGAAAACUUACACGAUGGAAGGAGUCCGUGGUGACCCUGAGAAAAGAGGGGUUAUCCCCAACUCAUUUGACCAUAUCUUCACCCACAUCUCUCGGUCACAGAAUCAGCAGUACCUGGUCAGGGCUUCUUACUUAGAGAUCUACCAGGAGGAGAUUCGGGACCUGCUCUCAAAGGACCAGACUAAACGGCUCGAACUCAAAGAGAGGCCCGACACUGGAGUAUAUGUCAAAGACCUGUCUUCCUUUGUCACCAAGAGCGUCAAGGAGAUUGAGCAUGUGAUGAAUGUGGGGAACCAGAACCGAUCUGUAGGUGCGACCAACAUGAAUGAGCAUAGCUCCCGCUCUCAUGCCAUCUUUGUUAUCACCAUUGAAUGCAGCGAGGUGGGCCUUGAUGGGGAAAACCACAUCCGUGUGGGGAAACUGAACCUGGUAGAUCUUGCUGGCAGUGAACGGCAAGCCAAGACUGGUGCCCAAGGGGAAAGACUGAAAGAAGCCACCAAGAUCAACCUGUCCCUUUCGGCCUUGGGGAACGUCAUCUCUGCCCUGGUAGACGGCAAAAGCACUCAUAUUCCCUAUCGAGACUCAAAGCUCACCAGGCUUCUCCAAGAUUCCCUUGGUGGCAAUGCCAAGACUGUGAUGGUCGCCAAUGUGGGGCCUGCCUCUUACAAUGUAGAAGAGACCCUGACCACCCUGAGAUAUGCCAACCGUGCCAAAAACAUUAAGAACAAACCUAGGGUCAAUGAGGACCCAAAGGAUGCCCUCCUUCGAGAAUUCCAGGAAGAAAUUGCUCGGCUCAAGGCCCAGCUGGAAAAACGCUCCAUUGGCAAGCGGAAGAGGCGAGAGAAGCGGAGGGAAGGUGGUGGCAGUGGUGGGGGUGGGGAAGAGGAGGAGGAGGAGGGAGAAGAGGGUGAGGAGGAAGGGGAUGAUAAGGAUGAUUACUGGCGGGAACAGCAAGAAAAACUGGAGAUUGAGAAGCGGGCUAUUGUAGAGGACCACAGCUUGGUAGCAGAGGAGAAGAUGAGGCUGCUGAAGGAGAAGGAGAAAAAGAUGGAGGACCUUCGGCGGGAGAAGGAUGCUGCUGAGAUGCUGGGCGCCAAAAUCAAGGCCAUGGAGAGUAAACUGCUUGUUGGAGGAAAAAAUAUAGUAGACCAUACAAAUGAACAGCAGAAAAUCCUGGAGCAGAAACGGCAGGAAAUUGCAGAGCAGAAACGUCGAGAAAGAGAAAUCCAGCAACAGAUGGAAAGUCGAGAUGAGGAGACCCUGGAACUUAAAGAGACAUAUAGCUCAUUGCAGCAAGAGGUGGACAUCAAAACUAAAAAACUCAAAAAGCUCUUCUCCAAGCUUCAGGCAGUGAAAGCUGAGAUCCACGACCUCCAAGAAGAACACAUCAAGGAGCGCCAAGAGCUGGAGCAGACUCAGAAUGAGCUCACCCGGGAGCUAAAGCUCAAGCAUCUUAUUAUAGAAAACUUCAUCCCUCUGGAAGAAAAGAAUAAAAUUAUGAAUAGAUCUUACUUUGAUGAAGAGGAAGAUCAUUGGAAAUUACAUCCUAUAACCAGACUGGAGAAUCAGCAGAUGAUGAAGCGGCCAGUCUCUGCUGUGGGGUACAAGAGACCCCUGAGCCAACAUGCAAGAAUGUCCAUGAUGAUUCGGCCAGAGGCUCGAUACAGGGCCGAAAACAUUGUGCUCUUAGAGCUGGACAUGCCUAGCCGGACUACCAGAGACUAUGAAGGCCCAGCCAUUGCUCCCAAGGUCCAGGCUGCACUGGAUGCAGCUCUGCAGGAUGAAGAUGAGAUACAAGUGGAUGCAUCAUCCUUUGAAAGCACCGCAAAUAAGAAAUCCAAGGCCAGGCCUAAGAGUGGCAGGAAGUCGGGGUCCUCAUCCUCAUCCUCAGGAACCCCUGCAUCUCAGCUUUAUCCACAGUCUCGGGGACUGGUUCCCAAGUAACACCAGUGCCCCCUCUCCCAGGCUGUGAACAGCAUUGCCUUCUGAGAGAAGAGAUGAGCACAAAGCUGCAGAGAGGACUUGAGCCCAAACUCAGAACCGUUCCCCUGAGGAGAAGUGAUGGCCUCUUUGCAGAUUAGCCAAUUUAAUCUGGUGGAAUGUGCUGGUCCAAAUCUGGCACUCAGCUCCUCUGGGAAACGCCCUUUAAAUUGCAUCUCAGAAAUGCAUGGGUAAGGUAAAGUGCAAAGUCUAAGUGGACUGCAAGAGAUUGACCAUGACCUUGCUUCCUUUCUUCCUUGCCUUCCUCCUUUCCUCUCCCCUCUCCUUUUCUAGCCUAUUCUUCACAUUCAGCUCCUUUCUUAUUAAACCAUAGGGUAGAGUCAGUGGUCUCUCAGGACCAUGUAUGGUGGAGCCUCAGUUUAAAAUGACAAUGAGAUCAAACGUGAAAGCCCUGGAACUUGAGUAGGUAUCUGUUCUUGUACGGGGAAAUGAGAAAUCUCAUGUGGAUCAAAGCCCUAAGGGGGCAUGACCAGCAAUCUAACUUCUGUGGGCCUCAGGAAGAACUGGAUCUGUAUUUGGGAUCUUCUGAGUGAGGGGAUAUCUCCCAGUCCCGGAUCCCGAAGGGCUUAUUGCCAGGAGCAGAAGAAAGAGCAUUCAUUCCCUUUGCCUCCUUGGAGACUCAAGGGACCAGUUUCUUUAAAACCUCAACACCAUGACCAUUGUCAGAGACCUGUCUAUAAGCUGGUGCCAUGUUCAUUCACCAUGUCACUUUACUCUUCCUUUGUCACCAUCUUUCCCUGUGCCUCCAUACUCGAGUGUCCUCCAGUAGGUCCACCCUCUGCCUCCAGAGUGUGCUCUGCAGAGGUCUGUUUUGUAGAAGGGAUGCUGACUGACUUCUCUGAAUGUGAUUAGAGUUGGGAGAAAGCCACAUAUAGGGACAUUUUUGAAGUCCUUGUUUUGUUAUAUAUUGGCAGAGCAGAAGGGUAAGUAGGCAAAUGCAGAGGUAGAGACAGAGACAGGAGACUCAGAGCUGGGGGUGGGAGAAGACAUAUAGAUGGAAACAAAAGAAUGCCAGAAUGCUGCCUGCCUUCAGCUUAAAACUCCUAGAACUGUGGCUCUGCCAGGUAAGCUGAAGGGGCUCAAAAGGAGAGGCUGGGUAGCUGAAUAGGCUCAGAGGAGAGAGUUCGCAAUUCCCGUUUACAUAGACUAGUUGGUUUUGUUUGUAAGUUUUAGUUCUUUGUAUUAUUGAGAUUCGAAACUUUGUUUUAUGUUGGUCGUUAAGUGAAAAGUUAUUCAUUUCUCCCCCAAGAGAAGCUCAUAAAAAGGUGUGGGUGUAUGAGCACAAUGGGGCCUGUUCUCUCUGUCCACAGUGUGUGUGUAAGAGAGACAGAAACCAAGAACUCACCCAGUUGUAGAAAUACACUAAUGUGCAGUUGUUGCCCAUUGAAUGACUAAUCCAGGCUGGAAAGUGUUUCCACAUGGGUGUCUGAGUCCAUGAGCCAAGCCUCAGGGGACAGACUGAGUCCCCAUGUCUGUCACACUGGUGCACCUUGCUGGCACGGUGCCUCAGGAAGGUGGCAGCUCAGGUGGGCCUUGAGUAACAUUUUAACUCAGCUGCUCAGUCCCGAGGACACAUUUCUGGAUCAGAACCUGUGGGAACAGGAGGGAGCCAAGUGCAAUGUCUGAGCAUUCUGCAGAAUAGAGAUCCGCCUGCUGUCUGUAGUGUAUAUUUUCCUCAGUAACCAUUUCUUCAGAUCCCAGGACCCCUAGUCAGCAGCUCCCAGGACAUAAUGCAACCAUCCCUCAUCUUUCCUUGGGACCAAACCCGAUUUCUUCCUUAUGUGUUAAGAAUUUGCCUGCUUAAAUAGAAACCAAAUGAUGAGCUGUGUGGCCUCAGACAAUUAUCUGCUGGUGACAUGUGUUCCUCACACCACAUUUCUUUACAGCUAGUCUGAAAAUGUAGCAAACCUGAGAACUGAAAACUUCAGAUAACGCUAUACCUUAAUACUGAUGUUUCAAGGUGGCUCUAGAGACCCAGGGUAGUUAAGUGACAUGUAGAACCUUUCCAAGAAGGCACAAGAAGCAGCCAGGCUGACCGGCAAGACCCAUACAACCUUGCUUUGUUCUACUGUGUUCAGAUAGUGGUCCGUGAGGACUCAGUAGAAGGACAUGCCCAUGUGGAGCUGAACAUGUUUCUUCCCAAGCAGUCUCUGGUGCUUUUCUUCUCUCAAAAUGGAUCCGACAAAUACUUGAGUAGAACAGAUGGUAAAACGUCUUGCUGCUACCAGAACGCUGCUGCUUUGGGUUCUGAAUUGAGCCAAAUGUGUAGCAGGUUUUCAUAUCUGUAGUCCUGAUAGGAUAUCCUGGACAGCAGAGGGCCUCAUGCCAGUGGCAGUUAGUGAAGUCUGAAAGAAGUCUUCAGCAGGAUAGAAGAAGACCAUCUGGGAGAAGGAGUUUGAGACUGUGUAUGCAACUCUUAUCAGAAUGUAUCUAGCUUUAUACUUUCAAGUCACAUAUCUCCCAGACCCCUGGAUUCAGAACCCAAGGAUGCAGAAUCAAGGAUCAUAGGCAUGAAGCACUUUCUAAGGACUGACAUAGUUUCGAAUUGUUCCCCGUCUCCUGCCUGCAUGCUGUUUGAAUGCUCCACCCACACCUCCAUGACCAAGGGCGCCAGAGUGUUCUACAGCUCAGGCCUGGGCUGCUCUCUGCUUUUCCCGUCUGACUCAUAAGUCCUCCCUCACUGAAUGUAGACUCAUUGCCAAGUUCCUGAGAAGUGUCAAUUCCCUGUUAACACAGGACAUCACUGUACCUCACAUUGCCCACUUGAGGUCCAGGUGUAUUGUCAACAACCCUGUGGACCACCCUGACAUCACCAGUGGAUGAGACUGGGGCGAUUAAUACACUCUAAAAGCCAUACUUAAAGUGUUCGGAGAGAACUAGAUAAGAAUAGGGUGUCUGGCAGUUGUCUUACCAUGCAAGGCUCUGUCUUGUAUUGUUUCGAAACCUGGCACCUCUCUCCUUGCCCUUGUUUUUUGAAUGAAAUGCUUCUGAGGUUAUUUUGGAAAAUAACAAUCCUGGGCAGGAUCCUGGGCAGGAGGUGGUGGGCUCUAUGGCUCCUUGGAGUUACUAUUGAUCUUGACCUUCUCUUUGGCUACCUUUAGACAAAGAAUAUGCCAAUACUUGGGGCUCUAAGUUUUACAAUUGAUAUUUAUUUGUGUCAUCUCUUUGUCUAGGAAUGUAAAAGUGAUUCUAAACUAAGAUAUGUAAUAAAAAUCAAUCAGAUUUAUUGUACCUACAAAAA